CAAUGACGCGUCAAGCCUACAUUAACGCCCUGUUUUAAAUGGACUACAACUACCAUGAGCUCGUUGAACAGGAAGAGCAAAGAGUCAGACGUGUUCAACUGACCGAAAGAUCGACUUCCUCUAAAACAUAAACCGGUUUCUGUUUAAGUAUGCGCCUCUCGGUUCCUCGCCUGGAGAAGUAGGGAGUGUGUUCGGCUGUAAACCAUCAUGGCGACUGUGGUGGCCGUCCUGCUGGUUUUUGCCGGCUGCUGCAGUAAUGUGGUGUUUCUGGAGCUGCUUGUGAGAGAGUUUCCAGGAUGUGGCAACAUCGUCACCUUUGCUCAGUUUGUCUUUAUUGCCUUGGAGGGAUGGAUUUUUGAAACAGACUUUGGGAGGAAGAAGCCAACAAUCCCCGUCAGUAACUAUGUUAUAAUGGUGACCAUGUUCUUCACCGUCAGCGUGAUCAACAACUACGCUCUGAACUUUAACAUCGCCAUGCCGCUGCACAUGAUCUUCAGAGCAGGAUCACUCAUCGCCAACAUGGUCCUCGGAAUAAUCAUCCUGAAAAAGAGGUACUCGGCCAGCAAAUAUCUGUCUAUAGCUUUAGUUUCUGUCGGCAUCUUCAUCUGCACCGUCAUGUCCGCCAAACAAGUGCACGACGUGUCUGGUGACGGGUCAGAGGAGGAUGGCUUUUACGCCUUCAUUCGUUGGCUCAUAGGCAUCGCCAUGCUGACGUUCGCUCUGCUGAUGUCGGCGAGGAUGGGCAUCUUCCAGGAGAUGCUCUACAAAAAGUACGGGAAACACUCCAAAGAGGCUCUCUUCUACAACCACUGCCUACCUCUGCCCGGGUUCCUGCUGCUCUCCACAGAUAUCUACAACCACGGCGUCCUCUUCAGUCAGAGCACUCCGGUACUUGUUCCGGUUCUUGGGCUGACCCUGCCGAUAAUGUGGAUCUACCUGCUGAUGAACGUGAUCACACAGUACGUGUGCAUCCGUGGGGUUUUCAUCCUGACCACAGAGUGCACGUCGCUCACCGUCACCCUGGUGGUGACGCUCAGGAAGUUCCUCAGUCUCAUCUUCUCCAUCCUUUACUUCCAAAACCCCUUCACCGCCUGGCACUGGCUGGGCACGGCCGUGGUCUUCGCAGGCACUCUGCUGUACACGGAGGUGUGGAGCAGCGUGAGCGCUGCCCUGCGAAGCGCCGACGUCAAGGAGGAGAAGGCCGAGUGACGGAGCCGAUAAUCUGCCUCUGCUGGACUUUAUAGUUUUAAGUUUUCUUGCAGUGGUUUUUAUACAAUCAUGGUCUAUUUGUUGAACACAUCAUGUCCAGACCCUCACAUAAGAACUGAUAAUAUUUAACUUCUUCUUUUUGUUAACGUCAACAGAUCUCAUGAAAAGACCAGAAUUAUGUGUUUAUGCUAAUGCUUACAGAGUAAUGUGUUUUUUAAUGUGCUUUUUAUUUUGAGUAUGUUUGCUGAAUGUUGCGCU